UGUUGUGAUGGGAGGCCGCGGCCAUCUUGGAUGAGAGUCGCUCGGCACCGAGCAGCGGGACGGGACGUUAACGGCAGAGCGGCUCAGCUAGCUAACGUUAGCCCCUCGGAAGCACGACCCUGGUCGCUGAGCGGUACGACUAUGCUUGUGCACACGCUGUUUUCUUCCCUCAGUUGCCGCUCCGACUGCGUGAAAAUGGGCACAAAUUGCGUUCAGCUUUUCGCGGUGUAGUUUCGGAAAGGGCGGCGGCGGUGCAGAUCCUCGGAAUAUAUCUUACAUUUCUGGAUAGAGGAGUUACUAUGAAUGGAGGAUAAAUGUUGCCGAAAGCUGACAGCAGCAGUUUCGUCCUCUUCUCUCUUCUCUUCGUCCUCACCUUAACGGACCCACCACGGGCAGGUCCGCGGGUAGCUCUGGCAAGAUUAUUGUCAGAGCAGCGCUGCAGCCCCGGGCAGUUUGCCUGCCGCAGUGGGAAGAUGCAGUGUAUCCCGAUGUCCUGGCAGUGUGACGGCUGGACAGCGUGUGAGGACAAGAGUGACGAGAUGGACUGUCCCCAGGAGAGGUUUCGUUAUGGCAGCGGGUACGACCAGGUGGAAGACGUCAUCGGUGUGGCUCAGCCGGUGCGCUUCAACAAGAAAUGCCCCAGCGGGUGGCAUCACUACGAGAAAACAGCGAGCUGCUACAAAGUGUACCUGAAGAACGAGAACUACUGGCAGGCCGUGGAUACGUGUCAGAAAGUCAACGGCUCGUUGGCCACGUUUGUGACCAACGAGGAGCUGCAGUUCAUACUGAAGAUCGAGGUGGACUUUGACGAUAAAGUGUGCAGAGAUCAGUGCAAAUUUUGGGUGGGUUACCAGUAUGUGAUCACCAAUCAGAGCCACUCCUUGGAUGGCCGCUGGGAAGUAGCAUACAAAGGCUCUAUGCAGGUGUUUUUGCCUCCUGAGGGUCUGAAAGACUUGGGGGAGGCCUCCGCCACCCAAGACAAUGUCUUCUGUGCGCAGCUGCAGCGCUUUCAGUACAAAAGCAUGAACGAGCGAGGCCUGCACAGCUGGCACGCUGAGAACUGCUACAAGAAGUUUCCAUUUCUGUGCAAGAGGAGUAUGGGGCAAACGUGCGUGGAUAUAAAAGACAAUGUCGUAAACGAGGGCUACUACUUCACCCCCAAGGGAGACGACCCGUGUCUCAGCUGCACGUGUCAUGACGGCGAGCCUGAGAUGUGCGUCGCCGCGCUGUGUGAGCGGCCACAAGGCUGCCAGCACUUCCGCAAGGAUCCCAAAGAGUGCUGCAAGUUCACCUGCCUCGAUCCAGAUGGGAAUAGUCUGUUUGACUCGAUGGCCAGCGGGAUGAGGCUGAUCGUCAGCUGCAUCUCGUCCUUCCUUAUCCUCUCUCUGCUGCUCUUCAUGGUACACAGACUCCGUCAGAGAAGGCGUGAACGCAUCGAAACGCUGAUUGGAGGAAACUUGCACCACUUUAACCUUGGAAGACGAGUCCCAGGCUUUGACUACGGCCCGGACGCCUUCGGCACUGGCCUCACUCCCCUGCAUCUGUCCGAUGAUGGGGAGGGAGGCGCUUUUCAUUUCCAAGAGCCUCCUCCGCCUUAUGCAGCCUACAAAUACCCCGACAUCCAGCAUCCUGACGACCCCCCUCCUCCAUACGAAGCCUCCAUAAACCCAGACAGCCUCCUCUACGUGGACCUCGGGCAUGGUGGGGUUUCCAUCGUGCCGAGCCAGAUGAACGCCAUGGGUGACGGGCUCCAGGCCAAUAUUCCCAACGCGACAGGCCCGGUGCCAGACUCCGCGCCGUCCUGUCAGGAGAGGGAGGACUCCAUAGACAGCAGCACCCUCCUGGUGGGGCCCGACACACCGACAGAUGGCCACGCCCCCGCCUCCAUGCCUGCAGACUGCGCCUCCUCCCUCAGCACCGUGGUAUAAGACUGUGGGCAGACACCUGCACAUUACCCACAGUUGGAGGAGGGUCGUAGAUGUUUUCCGCACCAGGAGCACAAAAUGCUGACUGCAGAGAGGACAGUUACAGUUUGUACAGACUCAUCAGAGUGUUUUUGUUUUGUUUUGUUUUGGGUUUUUUUAAAGACAAUGACAUCUGAAGGAGCAAAGAGACAAAAACUCUACAUCCAGGCCGAGAAGGCCACACUUCUGCUUUUAGCCCAGACUGAGAAAAGCUUUUCAAACAUCUCAAAACGGGCCUGUUGGUCAUAAAAAAACAAAGCCCCUAGUGUAAAUACACCCUUUGGUCAGAUUUGUAACAGCACGAGGAAAAAUAACCGCAUACGAACAGAAGAGCCAACUUUUGUUUGUGUUUGCGGCAUAUUUUCAAACACAUACGUAUCAAUCAGUGUUCAGGCUACGAUAACUUUCUCAUCCACCCCACAGUCUGUCGCAGCGCGUACAGAAACUGUCCCCUGGCGUUUAUUAGUCUGACACACGAAGCUGUCUUCCUGGUUUUUAGAGCAAGUUUGCAGAAAAACAUGUUUUGUAGUUGAGAGGUUCAACCUCGCGAGAUACGGCUAAAUUUCCUGCUGUGGGGUUUUUAUCGGGCGAAGCUGACAUGUGGCGUGGUAGUGUCAAAGGAUGUUGUGCUCUUUUUUUUCUUUUUCUUUUUCUUUUUUUGAUAAUAAUUUAUGGCUGCAGGUCGUUACCUUGAUUGUUUAAUUGUGGGAUAGAUAUAGGCUGAUUUUCUUUCCCUGGCCAUCAACAAAGCGACAAAGGCUUUAUGAGUGUAUAUGUGAAGAUCAAAUUUGAAAAACCAAAAAAAAAAAAAAAUCAUUUAUGAGAUAAAUGCUCCAAUCAUUAAGUCGUAUAAUCAUCCAGAUGGUCCCAGAGUUGCUUCUGUUUCAUCACCAACUUUUUCCAGGAUAAUUCUGCAUUUUCUUGGUGAUUUAAUUCCUCCCUCGGUUGGCUCAGGCGCGUUUCUGUGCUAUUCUUCGUGCAGUUGCAACUCCGUUACUGAGUUUUGUUUUCCGUUAGUGAUGGGAUGUCAGCAACUGCAGCGGCGGGAUUUUUUUUUUUUUUUUUUUUUUAUGUGUCAGUGAUGAGGGUCUGUAUACUUGGGGAGAAUUACGGUGUCAAUCAUCAGAGGAGUAAUCGUCUGCAGAUCAGAGCUGACCCACAACCACCAGCAUCCAAGCCGCUCAUGAUCUGCCUCGAGGAGGGAAAAACGGCUUAAACAUGUCAGACUGUGCACAUCUGUAUAACUUAUGUUUGAAUGUAUUGUAUGUAAAAAGAAGUUGGUUUUUUGGGGGUUUUUUUUGCUUGUUUUUAUUUUAUUUUUUUUGUUUAAACUACCCCCCCCCCUUUUUUUUUUUUCUUUACUUUGACAAUCCACAGUGGAUUAUCCAAGAAACAAAAUCAUGUUCACAGAAAUUGUGGAAAAGUGUUCAUGUGUGUUUAGGAAAUGAUGUAUUCAGUUUGAUUUUUCUCAUUAUGUUUUUUUUUUCUUAUUUUAAAUCAAGUUUCUUUUUCUUUUUUUGCGUUUUCGACCUGUGGUGCAUGUUUUUAAUCUUUUGGCAUGCUGAGAGAUUUUUAGUUUUAGUUUUUGUUCUUUUUGAUUUGGACAAAAAUGUUUUAUGCUCAACCGUGUGUCCUGUACAGUAGGCUCAAAAGACUCCUGCAUAUAGUUUGAUGUCCCCGUAUGCAUCCAAAACGUGCCCACCACAACCCAUCCGGCUGCAUUUACACUGUAGUUUCUGUGCUAGAAGGUGGUGUUGAUGGUGGCGUGAGAGCUUGUUUUUUGGAUUUGGAGGGGGGGCGGGGUUUGAAAUGUUUUAUGUACAAUACAGCAGAUGCUACAUUUCAUUGUUGUUUAUUUCAUAGCCUUUACCAUUUAAAAAAGAAAUGCUUAAUUUGCAGGGGAGCUUGUGUUUUUUUCUGAGGUAGAUGUACAUCUAAUCAAAUGCCAAAUAAAUUGCACCAUGAAGGACGA